CUCCCCUCCCCCAGCGCCGGGCUCUCCUCCAACCCCCAACUCCUCCUCCUGGACGCUCGCUUGCUUAUUUCAACAGCUGAUUUUGGGAAACGGGGAAACACGAUUCAAGGAAACGGCAAUCGAAGAAAGACGGGGAACUCAGUGGAAUGGCCGUGUGACUUAAGUUUUUAAAGAGUGCAUUUUUAACUCGGCUUUUAUUUCGCUAACAGGCUAGCUAGCGGUGAAAUGAGUGGCAAGGUAGCCAGCGAGCUAGCGUUAUUUUCAAGCUAGCCAACUUUAUGUACCAGGAUAUCUUAGAUUGAGCUUGCUCUGAAUCAUAUCCAGUCUUUUAAAGGGCUGUGGUUUCAUCGCAUUUGUUCCCGACAUGUAUAUGGAAAUAACUCCUCUGCUGUGGUCGCGUCCUCUAAUGCGUUCAGGCAGCGCGGUGUACAAGGCUGGGAAUAUAGGUCACCUAGCCGGUAACAUCAUCAGGCAGUUCAGCAGCUGAGAAGCUAAUGCUAACUCAUUUUCUCAAUUGGUUUGAGCAGUAUUGCGUCUCCCUCAAGAGAGAGCGAGUAGCUUAAACGUAGACGUGCAGGGGUUUCGAGUUUGUACAAUUUGUUGUUUGUUCACAGAACAGCUACAGAGUGUUUGCAAAUGAACGCAGGCGAACGAAGGGCUAAUCGACGUCUGUGAAACAGUACCAAAGGGCUCGGACAAAGAUGUGCUCCACGGUCGAGAAGGGCUUGGGAAGCUAACCGGCUAAUGUCAGCUAAAUAAUUAUUCACGUCAGCUUUUGUUUUAAAUCGGCAUUUUCUCAGGUCAAUAUCGCCUUUCGAAUCUAGGUUUGUGCUGGCUAAAUAACUGAUCUAAAUCUCACCCAGUCAGGUUUAAUACUAACGUGACCUGAUCUCAGAGUAGGUUCGAGUUGAUGGUUGAUUUGAAGCCAUGACGGGUGAAAUUAGUCAAACUGCCGUGUCGCAAACUGGGUCAUUUUCUCUUGCAACCUUAUGCCCGUGCAGUUGUGCUAAUGUUGUGUACAUUGCGUUGUGAGUUGUUUGAGACUAACGGUGCUCGUCUCCCGGUGGAGUGGCGUAAACGUUACUGGCCACUUCAGACUUGUUGAUGUCUCUAGAGCUCCGCGCUUCAUACGGGUGAAACCAGACAUUUUACUUGUCAUCUCCUCGACUUGUGUCCACAUGCAGUAAAAAAAAAGCAGAGACUCAUGUCUUCGCAGCGUGUCACUUUUUUAAAAACAAGUACUACAUAAUCGUAGAACUAGCGCCGCGAAUAUUGAUGGGUGGUCUUCUAUCUGAGUCGACACGAACCCGGUGAACUUGCCUCCGUCGAGACCAGUCGGGGAAUGGCUUUCCAUGGGCCGGGCAGGCAGGCUGUGUGCGGCGGCGGCAACUUGUUCCCUGGGUCGUCGGAGAUAGGCCACAAAUACUUCUGCGUCAGCACCUCCUCUGCGCCUCCCGGCACAACCUCCGCAGGCCUGUCCGGCGCCUCGAGUACUAGCGGACCCAUCGCCCCGGCCGGGACGCCCCGACACCCCGGCUCACUGAUCGGCAGCAGCGGGGGAGGAGCGGCCGUGCCUCAACCUCAUAGCAACCCGGCUAGUGAGGUCCCCAGCGCCGUGGAGAUGGAGCCCGACCGACCCAUCGGCUACGGGGCUUUCGGUGUAGUCUGGUCUGUGACCGACCCUCGUGAUGGACGCAAAGUGGCGUUGAAGAAGAUGCCAAAUGUCUUCCAGAACCUCGUGUCGUGCAAACGCGUCUUCAGAGAGCUCCGAAUGCUCUGCUUCUUCAAACAUGACAAUGUGUUGUCAGCAUUAGAUAUCCUCCAGCCUCCACAGAUCGACUGCUUCGAGGAAAUAUAUGUAAUAACUGAGUUGAUGCAGAGUGAUCUCCAUAAGGUGAUCGUGUCGCCUCAGCCCCUUACUACUGACCACAUCAAGGUGUUCCUCUACCAGAUACUCAGAGGGCUGAAGUAUCUGCACUCAGCAGGGAUUCUGCACAGAGAUAUCAAACCUGGGAACCUGCUGGUCAACAGCAACUGCCUGCUCAAGAUCUGUGACUUUGGGCUGGCCCGUGUGGAGGAGCCUGACCCGUCGCAUCACAUGACCCAGGAGGUGGUGACUCAGUACUACCGGGCGCCCGAGGUGCUCAUGGGUAGUCGCCACUACGGCCCCGCCAUCGACGUCUGGUCCGUCGGCUGCAUCUUCGCCGAGUUGCUAGGGCGACGCAUCCUCUUCCAGGCCCAGAGCCCCAUCCAGCAGUUGGACCUCAUCACUGACCUGCUGGGGACUCCGCCCCUUUCUGCCAUGGCAACAGCCUGUGAGGGAGCAAGAGCACACAUCCUUAGAGGCCCUCAC